AGCAGAGAGAUAAAGAGAAGACCAACCUUAUUGCUAAAUUAGAUGAUGAUAUCAAGGAAAUCAAACAGGAGCAAAUUGCUAUUAAUCUUUCGGUGCAAGGUGAUACGUCCAUACCGAAAUCUCCAAUUAAUUCGGAAUCACAGAACGCGCACGUGACCGAAUCAUCUAACUCGAAUGGCGCAUCAAAUAUUAAGCCUAUCAUGUUUGAAGCCAAACCUGAUCCAGAAUUAAUUAUCAAAUCCGUGUUAGAGUAUUUCACAUACUUGAAAUUCCGAAAUAGUUUUAGAGGAAUUGAUAAUUAUAGUUUUGUAUCACCUCAGCCGUGGAGCUCACCAUGCCCUAUUUGCAAUGGAAAACAUGGGAAUUAUGGACUACAUGGCAAAUGGAAUAGAAAUGGAACAGAAUAUUGCCUUACCUACAACAGUUCAAGCAAUGAACUUAAGUUCUUGAUCGUAGCAUAG